AUAACAUAAAUAAAAACAAUAUAAAUCUAUAAACAAAUCUAUAAUCAAAAUUUAAGUGUUUAUCAAUUAUGAUCAACUAUCCUCACUUAAUAUUAAAAAAUGUGAUAAGUUUUUCGAACGAUAAUAAAAUGUUCACGUAUUUCCUAACAUCAUCACUUAUUCCGAAAAGGUAGAGACACAUUUUAUUUCCGGCUCUCCCUAUUUUCGAGAUUAAUGCAUACGAAAGAAGAGUAUCUACCAUCGUAAAACGUACGUGCGAGAAAAAUCGGGACAACGGAUCGACAGUCGAAACGCGUCGCGCGGCUCACGUUCAGCCUAAUGCGUGCAAAGCAUCACGAUGCAACUACGAAACAUCGCUGGCUUUCACACAUUGAACAGUUCUCGUUUGAAAUCCGCCGAUGCUGUUGGUGUAACCUAACACUGUGUUGUGAGUUUAAUUUUGUACUAGCUGUAUUUUUUCACGAGUCCAAUUGCAAAAGUGAACAAUAAAAAAAAAACGAAUAAAUGACAAAAUUCAAAAAGUGUAAAACUGUCACAUUCCUGGCGUAUUGGUGCCACAGUUGCCAUGCUGCACACGAUACGAGUAAAUACUUCCACCGAGUUUUACUUUGAAAAUAGAUGAGAGUACGAGAUAAACGUACUACAAACGUACCCAUCUUUUAGAAGAAGAACAAUCUGAAUAUACGAUAAGUAUCGUACUGUUAGCGACUCAUUUAAAUAUCGCGAUAAGUAACGCGACGGCGCGUGACGGUAAUAUAACUUGGUCUCGAACAUCGUUUCCUCAGCAGGCAGAUUCAGCGGCCGAGACAUCCGCCUCGAUCGUACGAGUUUGAGAAACGAACCGAGAAAUGGAGGAGCAAGCUGACUCGGCGAGGCCACCGCGCGAGAGACCCGCAUAUCGCAAACGUCGCCGCUCGUACAGCGCGGCUAUAAGCGAGGAGAAUUCACUCGACGAAGAUGACGAAGACGAAGACGAAGACGACAACGACGACGACGACGACGACGAAGAGCUAGAGGAAGAGGAACCCUAUCCUCAUCGUGACGGUGCAACGCGGGCGCGUUGCUGCCGGCAACGCGAGUGCAUCGCGCGGAAAAUAUCCAGCGUGGAAUCCGAGACCCGCUCGUCGAGCGAGAGCCUCGUUUCGAAACGGGCGUUGACGAGAGAGUCUUCCGGCGACAUUGUGAAUUCAUGGAGCGAGAUCGAGCUGCCCGAGUUGCUGUUGGCGCAUCCGGAGAUCCUAUCACGUAUGAUGCGCUGCCGCUGCUUCCUGCCGCAUUUCUCCGCGUGCCAAUGCCGUUGCGCUCAGUGUCAGUACCAGCGCCGGAAGAUCUCGUCCACAUCCUCCUACUUCGCCAGGGAUUCCGGGGGCAUUCAGGGAGCGAGACGGAAGGAUUCCGGAAACUCCGUGUCGACUUGCCAGACCUUCCUACCGCCCUCCUCCGGCAGAAACUCGGCCGGUAGCCUCUACUAUUGCUGCGCCGUCGACGUCGCGGACAACAGGCCGACGACGGUCCAGCGUCGGCACUCGAUCGCCGCCGCCGGUCCGGUACCCUAUCGCCGGUACUCGGAUCAAACGUACUCGUUGCGCGGCUGCAAGAUCAGCCGCGCAGAUAAUCGCAGAUUCUCCGAGCAGCCGCUCGUCGAUGAUGCAAUCGGAAACUGCCAAGACACCACCGGUGCCGCAAAUGCCGCAGAACCAAUCAUCGCCAGUAAUACCGUCCGUCCGCGAACGUUUCCGAAGGCGGCAGUCCGAGCGACACAGUCGCUUGUCCCCUUUCAUCCCGACAAUUCCGCACCCGUCGAUAUUAAAGAUCUGAAGAGCGGCGAAAAUCGAAUAGCUGAUGAAUCUAACAGCCACACGCGUCACGCCGUUAGCGAACAAAGUGCGAACGCCAACGCCAACGCUGCUUUUACAGGCCGUAAAAUUAGCACCAUUCCAAUUACGCCUAAGAUGAUGAGAAGGCGAUUCUCCGAGCAAAUAAUUCUCGAGGGAGGCCUCGGCAGCGUCGGCGAAUCUGAGAAUCUGCUCGAUCAACUGAAGAACGCGGAGGAGGCAGAGGAGGAAUCCUUCACCGCGAUAAACGCUCGAAAAAAAAUCACGCUCAAUAAGCAUUACUACCCGGAAGGUGGCUGGGGAUAUGUUAUUAUCAUAAUAACGAUUCUCGUGCACCUAAUCUCUCAUGGGCUGCAACUGGCGUCCGGUUUGCUGAUGAGCCCGGUGAUGACGCGAUUCGAGCAGACGGUUGAAAAUUCAGGAUGGCUAGGGGCAAUGUCGACGGGUGUCGCCCUGCUCGUGUCGCCGGUUACUAUAGCGUUUUGUCGAAGAAAAAGUACGAGAGUAACGGCAGUUUUGGGCGGCCUUGUCACUGCCCUCGGUUGCCUCUUCACUUCCUUCGCCACGCAAUUUCAUCAAUUGUUCUUCAGUUACGGCACCGUAGUCGGGAUUGGGGUUGGAAUGACGCGAGACUGCAGCACACUGAUGGUGGCUCAAUAUUUCAAGAGGAAAAGAGAAUUGGUUGAAAUUUUUAUUGUCUCGGGAAGCGGCUUGGGUAUAGCAGUCAUGUCUGCUUUUAUAAAAGGAACAAUUACUAAAAUUGGAUGGCGGCUUGGUCUUCAAGCUGUGACGGGGGUGGUCUUUCUCACCUUUAUUCUCGGUACUUUUUACCGUAGCGCUUCUCUAUAUCAUCCCCAACGAAGAGCAAUCUUACACUUAAAGAAUCAAAAGCGCAAAAUAAAAGACAAGAACAAAGCCUCCGAUAAACCAGCGUUUUUCGAUUUUAGCACUUUGAAAAGUAAAACAGUUAGGAUUCUUCUGGUAUCUACCGGUAUUUCGGCAUUCGGAAUCAAUACGCCGAUAUUUUAUCUGGCGCAUCAAGCGGAAGAAGAAGGUCUCGGUGAUACUGUCAUCCUACUACAGACUUAUCUCGGACUAGCUUGGACUCUUGGCUGUGUAGCUUUCGGGCUUCUGGUGGUUCAUCGUAGCGUUGAAUGCAGAAUAGCCCGCCAGUAUCUUACACAAGCAGCUGUUUUUGUGUGCGGACUCUGCAUUCUCGCCCUUACCGCUGUUCAAGGAAGUUAUCACGGAUACGUCAUGUUCGCGUGGAUUUACGGCAUCUUCUGCGGCGGCUAUCAUUACAGUCUGAAGAUGUAUACAUACGAAAGAGUGAGAGCACGAAACUUUGCCAGAACGUGGGGUUUUGUUCAGUGCUCCCAGGCGAUACCAAUUGCAAUCGGAGUACCAAUAUCAGGAUACAUAAAUGUGGGUUGCGGCGGUAAGGCUGGCUACUAUUUUAGCUCGACGUGUGUCCUGGUUGGCAGUUUUACGCUUUUCUUCAUCGAUUUGCAUAGAAGAAAUUUAUCGCGACAUAAACACACUAGAGCUAAUGGUACAAAACACGCGUGUUCCUCGGACAGUUGUCCUCAACGACGAAGAAUGUCGUUCAGUCAGGAACCCAAGAAUGAAGGACCUCACGUGGCCGCUGCUGGAGCGGCCGGAGCGACGGCUGCGGCAGUCGUUUUGGGAGCCGAUAUUGCUCCAGCACAAGGUGAAGGGAUAGACGCCUUAGGAACAGAUAAACCGGAACUCACGUGCAUCUCAGAGGAAGGUAUCGCUGACAUGGAUUUACCUGACAAUUUACUGGAGGACUUUGAUUACAUAGGUGAUUGUAUAACUUCAUGCAAUAAGGUCGAAAACUAUCUUAUGCUCUCGGAAUUUGAAAACAACCUGAUUGCUGAGAUGCCGAUUAUUAUGGAUCGUCGAGGACGCAGAUGGUCCCUAGGGCGAUCCAAGACAAGUCAAGCCAAUUGUGGCCAAACCAGUGGAAUGCAAUCGGCAACUAAUGAAGACGAAGUUAAAUCGAAAUGGCGUUUCACGAAUGUACCACCCAACGCUAACACUAGAAUGAUCACCGUUAUCGACGAAGCCAGUGCAUAAUUCUGAAUACGGAUAAUAGAAUAUCCUUAACCCUAAACUUGGCAGAUUGAAAAAGUAUAUAUAUGCAAGUAAAAAAGUUAACAAAAGAAAAAAAUAUAUAUAUGCAAAAUACAAAAUUUUUAGUACAUCUUUUAUAUAAUUUUUCUUAAAUACAAUAUAAAAUUAAAAUUAACACAAUUCAUUGUGAAAUAAAAAAACAUGCAUACAAUUUUAACAGAACAUAAAAACUUAAAAAUGCAUUUCAAUUAUAAACACAAAAUAUUACAAUUUUAAACAAUGCAAACAAAAACGUACCUUUACAUUGCCAAGUAUAAGGUUGAAAAAAAUCCACGUCCAAUAUUAAAUUUUUAUCGGAUGUUUAGAAAAGUAAGAUGUUUACUGGCGUUUAAAAAAGGUGAAAUCAAAACGCAAUUAUAUGUCAGAUUUAUUAAAUGUCAAAUUUUUUAGUUAGACACGCAUACCCACUAUUUAACUUGCAGAAUAAUUAAAGAGAAAAAUUAUAGACAAUUGAAGAAAGAUCAGCGAGAUACGAAACACUGACUGAAUUAUUCCGCCCAUGUAAUACUUAAUUGUAAGUUAAACUUAUGCUCUCAGUUGUUUAUACGUCUAUCUAUUUAAACACUCGUAAAAGUUAUGUUACAAAUAAUAGACAGUGACACGCUGAUUUGUACGAUUUAAAAAUACAGUUACAGUUCGCUGAAAACACAAUUUGAUAACACGGAUGAUUUAAUUUGCGAUACAAAAUAUAGACAAUAACAUCGACUUUUGACUUAAAACCACGGAAACGCUCCGUCCACAAAAAAAAACAAUUUUGAUUUGCGUCGGCGUAUUUCUUUAUAUAUGUCACUUUAUUUUAUCCGAGAUAAAAAAUAAUCUGUCGUUAUUACUAAGUUAAUUUAUCAAUGGCAUUAUGCCUUUAAAAAAUAAAAAGUCUACUAAUUACACAGAUGAAGUGGUAAGCUCACUUUUGGUACAAAUAUUGCGAUUUACAAUAAUUGCUAUCGAUUGAUAAGGCAGCUGAAAAUGCAAUCGUAGCGUGGCUAAAUAACUUCAGCCUUCUAAAUCAUUCGAAUAAUUGAUUGAGAAUUUGAUAAUUUUCAAUUUUGCAUUUUAACUUAACUAAUUUUUUUAUUUAUUUCUCUAAAAAUUUAUUUUAUCUAAUUUAAUUUAUUUAAUAUAAAAAAUCCAAUAAAAAAAUAACUCUAUUUUAUCAGGCAUCUUAUUAUAUCAUUUAAAUCUUAAUUAUUGAUUUUUAUAAAUCAAUAAUCAAAAUAUAAACCUUCGACUACGAUUGUAAAAAUAAAUAAGAACUGACUGUGCAAAUUUAUGAAAGAAAUAUAUGUAGACACGUUAGUUUAAGAUUUGAAACCUAGUCUGAUCGCGUUUGAGACAAAAUGCGUCGUGAAAAUAUAAAGUGCAUAUAUGUAUACGUAUAUACUGUUCACGAUCUUUUCUCUUUUCUGGAAUCCUAUUCUCACAACGAGAUGUGACGCUUGACUGCCAGAUUGUUAUAUACGCAUUUAUUUAUUUCUCAAACUAUUUAUAUUAGUAUGUAAAUAAUCGACAUUGUUGCCAUGUAUAUACACUUACAUAAUUUUUAGUAUACAAACGUUGGCAUAGAUUGUUACAAUGUCUAUGCAAACAAUCGCAUCUUUUACUGAUAAAUAUGCAAAAAAGAUAAAUUAUUCUCUUGUUGAAAUAAUGAUACACAACUUUACCGAAUAUACAGAUGGAAAGAUUGCGUAUAUUAAUUAAAUAAUAAGGAUAAGGCAUCAGUAUAAAUUUCACAAAUGUCGCAAGUAUUAACCAUUUAAUUGAGAAAAGCAUAUUUGUUUAAGCACUAAAAAUAAUGAAUAUUUAAAAUAUGCUUAUUUAUAAAAUGUGCGUUUUUUAUAAUUAUUCAUUCAAUUAAUAUAAAAAUUAACAACGUAAGAAAAUUGACGCCCUUUAAAAGACAGCGUAAAAUUCGUCGAACAAUAAAUUUUCUAUCUAGUUUGAACUAUAAAUAUCUUUUUCUCGCUCUCAAACUGCCAAUGGAUAUUGAACUGCCAAUGAGGAAACUCAUUUAAAAAAAUAUUCUGAACAGUGCAAUGAAAAAAUUAAGAUAAAAAUAAGAAUAAUACAAUAUAAUUAUUUCUUUUAUAAUUUCUACAUAUAAGUUGUUAAAUCAAGAAUGAAUUGAACUAAUUUUUUCUGAGAAUUCAGUUUAUAAAAAAAAAAAAAAAAACACUGUACAGAGUAACCAAUAAAAAUAAUUAAUGUCAAAUUUGUCUAUAGUGAAAAGCAAAUCGCUAAAUAUAUUCUAGCGAUAAAAACAACAUCGAAUAAAAAUUGCGGAACAUAUUGUAUUGUCGUAAUGUUGUUGAUAUAAAAAUGUGAUUCAAAUACGUAA